AUGGCGCCGAAAUCAAAACGACAAAUUCAAUGUGCAAAUGCUAAUAAAGAGCGUUGGUGUGAAGAAUAUCGAUCCUCAGAUGAUGAUGGUCUUUAUUGUAUGGAAGUUGGAAGUGAAGAAGAAAUAUUUUCAUAUCAAUUACCAAUCCAGGAAAGAAUUCAAAUAUGCGACAUAGCAAAUAUAUUUGAAGUUUGCGCGAACAGUACUAAUACAAGAUAUUUAAGUGUUCUUAUGUAUUUAACGUUGCGUCAUUUUAAUAUUUCCUAUGGAGAAGUAGAUGCAUUUCUCAAGCAUAUUGGAGGCUUAACAGCUGAAGUAGCUCACAAAUGGGCCGAUAUUUUUAUGAAUGGAAACUUUGAUGAAUUUAUUUGUGAUGGGAGAGGUGGUAAACGAGGAAAUAGUUUUUACGAUGUUUAUCCAGAUAUCGAAAAUGAAGCCAAAGCAUUUGCAGUUUCUCAAUGUGAACAAAAAGCAGCAAGUUUUACUACAUUGGAACUAGCCCAAUUUAUUAAUGAGAAGUAUUGUAAAAUAAAUAACAUUAACGAAAAUAAUUUUGAACUAAUACGAUCAGCGGAGAGUGCUCGACUCGAUUUGCGAAGGUGGGGUGCACGCUUCGACACUAAUGCGAAUCGUCCUUACUUCGAAGGUCAUGAUCGUGCAGAUGUUGUAACGCAUCGGCAACAAUUUCUUCAGCAUUUUACUAGCAAUGCUAGUAACUAUUAUUCUGUUAGUGCAGGUGAAGAUCCUCAAUGGCAUGCACCAACCACAACAACCCCAACUAUUCUAAUCUGUCAUGACGAAUCCACAUUUAGAAGUGGAGAUGUUCGUUCUAAACGUUGGCUAAUUGAUAGUUCAGCUCCAUUCUUUAAUAAAGGUCAAGGUAGAAGUGUGAUGAUAUCUGAUUUUCUGGUACAACAUUCAUCAGGACCGUUUUUUUAUCUCAAUGAGAAAGAGUGGACGAAUGCCACAAGUCGAUAUCCAGAUCUAUUAGAUGAUACUGAUCUUCGUUAUAUGAAGCACUCGGCUACAGUUACUGCUCAUUUAGGUGUCGAUCCUUACUUUGAUAAUGACAUUAUCUUGCAGCAGUUUGAACGAUUAUUUAAACUUUUGAAAUUUAAAAUCGAAUAUCAAAAUCACAAAAUUGAAAUACUGGUGGAUAAUGCACGUACUCACACAGCCAAGCCUUUUAGUAUAAAUGAUUUUGGAAAAGGAAUUGAUACACGAUGUGAAGUCUCUGAAAUUGUGUAUAUGGAUGAAAUGAAUAAUAGAAAAACUAUUGAUUGUUUCUUCAAGUCAGGGCCUUAUAAAGGACAAAGCAAAGGGUUGCUAACAAUUGCUCUUGAACUUGGUUUUAAUGUUUCACCAAGUACUAAAUUGGACGAGAUCAAAACACUUCUUCUAGGUCACAAGGCAUUUCAAAAUAUAUCUAAACUCGAACAACUAGCACUUGAUUACGGUUUUCACGUUAUAUUUCUGCCAAAAUUCCACUGUGAAUUAAAUCCGAUAGAGGGGAUGUGGUGUCAUCAAAAGUCUUUCGUUCGAAAAUACUCCGAUCAAACCUUUCCAACUUUGACGCGAUUAAUCCCAGAAUCACGACAAAAUUUUCUAGAAAAAAAGAUUUUUUUAAAGUUAUUUCGCCGCUUUUGGAAAGUUAUUGCUGCUUAUAAUCAAGGUGAAACUUAUUCUGAAGUACUAAAAUUGUUCUUUAGUAACUCUUGUUCUGAAACAGUAAUUUCUCAUAGGAAAAUAACUAAUAGUAAUUUAUACUAG